AUGGCGGACUUGGCGGGUAAACGUGAGUUCGACAGAGAAAAAGAAGGUGUAGAUCAGGGAGUUAAAAAGAUUAAAUCCGACUCUGGGAACGGCGCAGAGGCUGCAGGAGAAUCUGGAAGCACAAACAUCCUGUCAGCUUUCCAAACGUCCGCCGUGCUGGGCGACUCUGCCCGGGAGAAGAACAUCUUCCUCCAUGGAAAGAUGUGCGGCCAGGACGCCGUGGUGAUCCUGGAGAAGACUCCGAUCAGAGAGGACGUCCUGGAGGAGCUGCUGAGAAGCUCCAGCCUCACUCUGGACAUGAAGAACGACAUCUACAGCACGUACCGGCUGCAGGCGGCGCCGCACCUCAACGAGAUCAAGGCCACGGUGGUGUGUCCGGCCACAGAGAAGCACGUGAAGAAGUACCAGCGUCAGGAGAGCUUCCUGGUGGAGGAGACGGCCGAGGACUACCGCUGCAUCACGCUGCCCUACAUCCAGAGGCAGAGCUUCAGCCUGCAGUGGGUUCUCAACAUCCUGGAGAAGAAGGCCGAGGCGGACAGGAUCGUGUUCGAGGAUCCUGACCCGGACGUCGGCUUCGUCCUCCUGCCGGACUUCAAGUGGGAUCAGAAGCAGGUGGAGGAUCUGUACCUGGUCGCCAUCGUCCAUCCGAGGGGCAUCAGGAGCCUCCGGGACCUGACGGCGGCUCACCUCCCCCUGCUGCAGAACAUCCUCCAGAAAGGAAAGGAGGCGAUCCUGCGGCGCUACCAGCUGCCGGCCAGCAAGCUGCGGGUGUACCUGCACUACCAGCCCUCCUACUACCACCUGCACGUGCACUUCACCCGGCUGGGCUACGAGGCGCCGGGCUGCGGCGUGGAGCGCGCCCACCUGCUGCCCGACGUCAUCCAGAACCUGCAGGCCCGGCCCGAGCACUACCAGACCCGGACGCUGCACUUCCCCCUGAGGGCCGACGACGGCCUGCUGCAGCAGUUCAGGGAGGCGCAGAGACUCUGAGGGACUCUGAGGGACUCUGAGGGACUAUGGGGGACCAUCUUAGACCUGUUUCCAGUCCCUCAUGGGUUUUUUUAAAUGUCCACAGGAUGGUUUGAAGAUGGGCUCAUGCUGCGUUCAGGUUGCCUCAGAAAAAACUGUGUUAGUUUGAGAACCGUGAUGAAGUGGAUUUAUCUUCAGAGGACAGAAACGCUGAGGGGGAAUGUUUGAAAUGUUUCAGCAGUGUAACGAGAAAAUCCGUUUUUUAUCCUGUUAUUUUUUAUUUUUAUUUGCAACUUAUUUCCAAAACAACUCAUAAACUCCUUUAUUCAGAAUAUUCAGAAUGGAAGAAAAAUGGUGCAAGUUAAAGAAAACGGACCAAAAAUUUGAAACAGAAAAUGUUUAAAGCAGAUAAACAUUUUAAAGAUAUUUAAAAUGGCUAAAAUCACUGAAACAACGUAUUAGGGGGGAAAAUGUCUGAAAACGCUUGAAAAUUAAGCUUGAAGUGGGUUUUUUUAGUAAUUAAAAAUUGGAAAUAGUAGUUCUGACAGUUUUUUUAAAGUCUAAACAUAUUGAACAUCAUGAGCUGUUCUAUCAUUUCAAACUGUUUCCUGGAAACUGUCGAAGCGUGUCUUUAGAGAAGACUCGGGCUUUUCCGUCAGGUUUAUAUGUUGGUGAUUCGUCCAACUCGUAGUUUGUUAAUUUCACUCAU